ACGCACGCCAACAACCUCAACCACAACACAGAACCUCUGCCCAUCGAGCUGGACCUUCAGGUGGGCAAGGGCCGCUUCGCCGAGGUUUACAAAGCCAAGUUGAGACAAAGCCCCUCGGAACAGUUUGAGACGGUGGCAGUGAAGAUCUUCCCCUACGAAGAGUACGCAUCCUGGAAGAACGAAAAGGACAUCUUCUCAGACAUCGAUCUGAAGCACGAGAACAUUCUGCACUUCCUGACGGCAGAGGAGAGGAAGGUGGAGAAACAGUACUGGCUGAUCACCGCCUAUCAUCCACGCGGGAACCUGCAGGAGUACCUCACGCGGCACCUCAUCAGCUGGGAGGAUCUGCGGCUGCUCGGGGGCUCACUCGCCUGGGGUGUGGCUCAUUUGCAUAGUGACCACACCCCUUGUGGGCGGCCCAAAGUGCCCAUCGUUCACCGAGAUUUGAAGAGCUCUAACAUCCUGGUGAAGAAUGACCUCACUUGUUGCCUCUGUGACUUUGGACUUGGCCUCCGCCUUGACAACUCGCUGACAGUGGAUGACUUGGCCAACAGUGGACAG